CCGCCCUCAGACCUCGGCUCCUCCUGGAGUUCGCUAGCAGGAUCUUACCCAUUCUCGGGCUCCUCCCUAGCGUCGGUACUAGAGUCCGACCCGUCCUCAGCGCUCAGCGCCCCCUGGAGUUCGCUACAAAGAACUGCUACACCUAGUAACUCCCCGCAAGUGUCAUUACAAGAGUCCGCUCCGCCCUCAAUGCCCAGCUCCUCCUGGGUAUCGGUGGAAGAAUCAGCUCCGCCCCCGGGCUCCCCCCGAGAAGGGUCCGCCCCGCCCUUGGCCGGCCCCACUCCUAUACCCAAGCCCCGGGAGAGUCUCACCCAGAGCAUGGCGAGUCAGGAGAAGGCGAGUACCGCAGGCCACAUGUUCGACGUAGUCGUGAUAGGAGGCGGCAUCUCAGGAUUAUCUGCCGCCAAACUCUUAGCUGAACAUGAAGUUAAUGUUUUGGUUUUGGAAGCCCGAGACAGAGUUGGAGGAAGAACAUACACUGUGAGAAACGAACAUGUGAAUUACGUAGAUGUUGGCGGGGCUUAUGUGGGACCCACCCAGAACAGAAUCUUACGGUUGUCUAAGGAGCUGGGUUUAGAGACCUACAAAGUGAACAUAAAAGAGCGUCUUGUUCAAUAUGUCAAGGGGAAAACUUAUCCAUUUCGGGGAGCCUUUCCUCCAGUAUGGAAUCCCAUUGCAUAUCUGGAUUACAACAAUCUGUGGCGGACAAUGGAUAACAUGGGAAAGGAGAUUCCAGCUGACGCACCAUGGGAGGCCCCACACGCUGAGGAAUGGGACAAGAUGACCAUGAAAGAUCUCAUCGAUAAAAUCUGCUGGACAAAGAAAGCUAGGGAGUUUGCAACUCUCUUUGUCAAUAUCAAUGUGACAUCCGAACCCCACGAGGUGUCUGCCCUGUGGUUCUUGUGGUAUGUGAAGCAGUGCGGAGGCACCACUCGGAUAUUCUCGGUUACCAACGGGGGUCAGGAACGGAAGUUUGUAGGUGGAUCUGGUCAAGUGAGCGAACGGAUAAUGGACCUCCUCGGGGACAGAGUGAAGCUGGAGCAUCCUGUCACCUAUGUCGACCAGUCAGGUGACAACGUCAUCGUAGAGACAUUGAAUCAUGAACGUUAUGAGUGCAGAUACGUAAUUAGUGCCAUCCCUCCAACUUUGACGGCCAAGAUCCACUUCAGACCAGAGCUUCCAUCAGAGAGAAACCAGUUGAUUCAGCGUCUUCCAAUGGGGGCUAUCAUUAAGUGCAUGAUGUAUUACAAGGAGGCCUUUUGGAGGAAGAAGGAUUAUUGUGGCUGUAUGAUCAUUGAAGAUGAGGAAGCUCCAAUUUCAAUAACCCUGGAUGACACCAAGCCAGACGGAUCGCUGCCUGCCAUCAUGGGCUUCAUCGUUGCUCGAAAAGCUGACCAACUUGCUAAGCUGCAUAAAGAAACAAGGAAGAGGAAAAUCUGUGAGCUCUAUGCCAAAGUGCUGGGAUCCCAAGAAGCUUUACAACCGGUGCACUAUGAAGAGAAGAACUGGUGUGAAGAGCAGUACUCCGGGGGCUGCUACACUGCCUACUUUCCCCCUGGGAUCAUGACUCAGUACGGAAGGGUGAUUCGCCAACCAGUAGGCAGGAUUUACUUUGCUGGCACGGAGACAGCCACACGCUGGAGCGGUUACAUGGAAGGAGCAGUUGAGGCCGGAGAGCGGGCAGCUAGAGAGGUCUUGAAUGCUUGGGGGAAGGUGGCAGAGAAAGACGUAUGGCUUCAAGAACCUGAAUCAAAGGAUGUUCCAGCUACAGACAUCACCCACACCUUCUGGGAGAGGAAUCUGCCCUCCGUGUCAGGCCUGCUGAAGAUCAUUGGAUUGUCCACAACAAUAACUGCCCUGUCGAUCGUGGUGUACAAAUUCAGGGGGCUGUCACGAUCCUGAAGUUUCAACCUAAUGCUUCCUGCUUACGCUUUCCCAGCACCAUCAAAAGCAAAAUGUUGACAAAUCAAAGGCCUUGUCAUUGGACCACCUUUAAGUGCACUGAAUUUCACCCCUCAGUUUAGUCUCAGUCCGUGUUAAGUGAAAACAAUCCGAAGAAUCACCUCAUUAAUUUCAGUAAGAUCAAGUUCCAUCUUGUGUAGAUUAACUCAUAUUGAUGGUAGAAUAAAACCUUGUGAUUGUUCGCUUAAUUUCAAGAAUUUCAAGUUGAAAUGCUCAUUCUGAAACAAUUUCUGUGUCCUGAUUUUCUCCCCUUUUACACAAAAUGCCUGAUGAUUGCAGAAAUGAAGCAUUUAACUUUCUCUCUGCAGAGGUUGAGUAAGUUAAGGCCCAGCCUGUGACUGUCCUUUUCAGUCCUUAGGAAAUGAUGAAGUAUAGGUCCAGAGCCCAGAGGCUCACAGCUUCCUGAGGUGAGCAGCUCCCACUUUGGAUGGAGGAAUAGUAAAUGAAAGCAGUGGAGGCAGGAGGAUGCAAGGCCCUCAGACCAGUAGGGGGUACAUCUUCUGGGCUGCUGCCUCAGGACUCUCCUGACCACUUCUAAUUCCUGUGAAGUUUCUACACACCUAGUCUUAGUGCUAGCUCAUUUGUAUUUUCCUCUUUUUCCUCUUAAAGAGGGCAGUGUUUACCAAGGUAUAAUGUUAAAAUUGACUUGCUGUGGCUUUUGUGCAGCUCCCUAGGUGAGCAGAGGAAAAUAGUGGCAAGACUGUUCCCCAAGAGGCCUUCCUGACUAGCUCCGCAUGAGACCAACUGCAAUAGGCAUCUGCUCUUACUCCUCGAAGGUGGCUAGACGUCACUUCCCUCGUUUUCAAUGAUAACGUUCUCUGCCGAUUGCAGGAAAGCAGUAUUUUCCUUUUUUCAGGUAGACCCUGGCCUUCUGAAGGCCCCUAGUGGCAUAUAUUUUUUCUGUUUUCCUAUGACCAUAGUAGAAUUAGGCAGAUCCAUUAACUUGUCUUCAACAUGGUUACCUGCCAAUUUCUCUCAAAUAAGUACUGAAAUCCAUAUGAUGAAUUUCUGAUUGUUAUUUGUUGAGACUAUCCAAUACAGAAAGGGAAUUAGGGCUCUGUAUUAUAACCUCACUUGCUUUAGUUAUUAAGUUUUAUAAAACAUAAAAUCGAGUGAUUUUAUAUAUGAAAACUAAGUUCUCUUAGGAGAAAUGUGGGCCCAGAACAGUGCUCACAUCUUGUCUUUCCCAUUUUAAAAACUGUAAGAUUUUUAAAAUCCCCUUCCAAAGGUUUCAGCCAAAAAAUACUUCUUUUUUUUAAUAUAAAUAUCUCUAAAAAAUCUGCACAGAUGUGAUCCAAUAAAGCAGUCGAGAGAAUUCCAUGGAAUCAGGUACACAGGUGGUGGAUACCCAGUAAUACCUUAUUCGGUAUCAUUGAUGAAUGAGGCAUUUUAUUUUAAAUGAAGUUUCUAAAUAGCUGAAGCUUCUUCUUUUAUGUGCCAAAAUUUUCAAAUAAAAAUUUUGGUGGACUGACUUCCACACAUUAUUAAAUAAGCUUGAUUCCACUUCAUCUUUUUUUAUUAAUCAGGUCAAUCAUUGUGUAUCUCAAUUAUUUUAUACUUUUAUAAUAGAGUGAUACGAUUGGAUUUGCCCCUGUACUAAGUGUCAUGUGAAUGUUUUAUAGCUGGUCAGUCUACUGCUUCUUCUAUCAUCUCCCAUAUUCAGUAUUUUAUUUUAUAUCCUUGUUAUCUCCAUUACCUCCCAAUACUUCUUAACCUAACUUCCUAUCUAUUUUUUAUUGAAUGGGAAUUAAAGAUUGCCAAAGGAAACCAACCCAAGUUAUUACAUAAUUAAUCUUAUCAUAAAUCCAAAAUUAAGUCACUGGACCCUGAUGUGGGGACUAGUGCCUAUCCUAAGAGCAAAGAGCAGGAUUUUUCUGCCACUCUGCCUUGCAAUUAAAAAGCAUUUUAUUUAAUUUAGGAGUUUUAGUAAUGUCUUGGAUAUGCUCCAGUACAUACGGAGUUGUUGCAUAUUAUAUCAAACCAUGUUGAGAAAUCGCAUCCCUGAUCUAUUUCAGUUGUUUCUGUUCACUUACUGAUUAACUUGGUUCUGACACACCUUUUGGGAAAUGCUGAUUUAAACUUCUUAACUGGCAACAUUUUAACAGUAAUCAAGUUGUUAACAUAUCUAAGUCUUGAAUGUUGAAGGACUCCUGAGUAUGUGAUUUACCCUCUGCUCAAACUUUUUAGAAAAAUUAAUUUAUCCUAAUUAGAUCAGCCCUGUUAAGCUACAGAUUGAGUAUCAAAAUGAAUGCCAUUUCAGACGUGAAAUCAGAACUGAGAACUCCCACCAUAUACGAGACCAUCCAACACCAAGAUACCAUAGGUCUUUUCUCCAACCCAGAGAAACUACAGCCAGUUUAAGCAGUUGAAAGAGCCUGGCCCUGUUAAGGCAUCUGCUUCACAAUUCUGAAGGCUGAGUUGGCCUCACUCCAUAGUAAGGUCUAGAAUUAGAUUUUAAAAGUUAACCUUUUUUGUUCACAACUGUUAAAUAAGGACUUACACUACACUGAAGAAAAAAUAUCAAAGGAUUGUGAACUACAUUUAGUUUGAUUGUGAGCUUGGUGCCUAAUGUUCUCUCUGAACUGUGCCCCAGUGCUACAUGUGGGAGUACGUAUAUGUGUGUGUUUUGCCAUUGAAGUAUGAUUUCGCCUGUAUGCUACAGUUUUGUUUGUUAAUAAACUGCACUACCACCCCUG